AUGUCCUGGCUCAAGCGGCGAGCAGGUCCAUUGAUAGUUCUCGGAACCUCAGCCGUUGGGGGCGCCGUGUACCGCUUCACCAGAUCCGCAGACCGAUCCGACGCAUCGCUGAACCCGCAUGAUUUCACGCCGUACACGCUCGUAGACAAGCAACCCGUCUCUUCCACCAGCGCAAUCUUCACGUUGCGCAACAGCAAUGGCGUAUCGGACACGGAGAGCGUAAAGGAGGUGUGGAAGCGAAGCGUCUGGAGCGUUCAGAUUAAGCAACCACAAUUACAGAUUGCGCGAGCAUACACACCGCUGCCCCCUACGCCUCCCGAUCAAAAGCAUGGCGAAAACGAGCCGGAAGACAUGAGGUUGCUCAUACGGCAGGAACAGGGCGGCGAGGUUUCGACUUACCUGCACCGCCUACCUGAACAGUCCACGGUCGAAUUGCGAGGACCGAAUACCGAACUCAAGCUUCCCCGCGACAUCAUAGAGGUUGUCUUCCUAGCGGGCGGAACUGGCAUAGCACCCGCAAUGCAGGUUGCGCAGGCGUUGGCAAGAAGGACUGGAAGUCGGAUGCACAUACUAUGGGCGAACAGACGCCGUGAAGAGUGCGAAGGUGGCAUCAGCGACGAUAGAAGCACAACGUCCGCGCGGGGCAGAGUAGGCUGGUGGAAGAGCUUCUUCGGUUCCGGCGAGCCUGUUGCGCAACCACCGCUUGCAGACGAUUCACCCGCUGCACCCAAGGGCGUUAUAGUAAGGGAACUGGAUGCCCUCAAGAAGCAGAGCGGAGUCGCAACGAAAGGCUUGACUGUCAACUACUAUGUUGAUGAAGAGAACUCGUUUCCAAGCCCGAGUGAGAUCGAGAAGAGAAUACAAAGGCAACCGGAGGAGAAAGGCUCUAGAUUGAUCAUAGUGUCAGGGCCAGAUGGCUUCAUCGAACAUUGGGCAGGCAAGAAGCUCUGGGCCAACGGCAGAGAGGUGCAGGGCCCGCUGGGAGGCCAAUUAGGGCACAUGCACUUAGAUCUUGCUUCAUCGCUCCCGACGUUUCUUAGAUUAUCUCUGCAUCUGUUCUCUUCGUUUGCCUUGUGUUCUUGUUUUAAUACAUCAUCUGCUAGCAAGAUGGACGCCGAUACAGAUGCCGAACUCGCCACUACCCUCUCACAACCAAUCAGCAACAAGGAUCCCAAUUCGCGACCAGACUGCUUCACAUCCACGUUCCAAGAAUGCAUGUUUAUCGUCUCGGUGACGAUGGCAGUGGCUAUGACGAGCUUUUUGACCGGCUCCAUCACCGUUAUGAGUUCCUUCGCAGGUCGAGACCUAGGCAUGACGAACGCGGAAAUUACAUGGAUGAAUGCUGCGACGUCUCUUACAGCAGGUUCUCUCCUCCUCUUCUUCGGCAGCAUAGCGGAUCUUUUCGGUCGCAAAUCCAUGUUCAUCGGCUCGCUAUUUUUCUUCUCCGUCUUCUGCCUCGGCGCCGGCUUCUCACAGUCAGGCAUGACUCUUGACAUACUCUGUGGCGUCCUAGGUAUCUUUUCCGCUUCCUCUGUGCCUCCGGCUCAAGGCAUGCUUGGCGCCAUCUACGAGAGACCUAGUCGGAGGAAGAACAGAGCAUUUGGGUGUUUUAGUGCAGGAAACCCCAUGGGCUUUGUGUUUGGAACUAUUCUGUCUGGACUGUUCACCCAGGUCUUUAGCUGGAGGGCUGGUUUCUUCCUGUUAGCUAUAGUAUACUUUGUGACAAGUAUCGUUGCGGCUUUCACUGUACCAAGGGAUACGCAGCCGAAGCAGAAGCUGGACAAGGAGACGUUGAAGAAGCUUGAUUUGCCGGGUACUGCGUUGACCAUCUUUGGGAUCGGCAUGUUUUGUGCGGCUUUGAGUUUGGGAGGCGAUGCGCCGAACGGGUGGAAGACGCCUUAUGUUCUCGUCCUACUGAUUCUAGGCAUCAUGCUAAUUGCGGCUUUCAUAGUGUGGGAGAUCAAGUACCCAUAUGCUAUGAUUGAUAUGAAGAUCUGGUACGACAGGGAUUUUUCUCUCCUCCUCGCAAUUCUCUCAUGCGGGUUUCUUGGGUUCCCGGUUCUAUCUUUCUGGAUCGCACUCUACUUCCAAACGGAGUUGAACUACAACGCACUUAUGACUGGCGUACACAUGCUACCCAUGGUCGUUGUAGGCCUCACCGCUAAUGCCGUCGCUGCCCUAAUCCAACACAAAGUAUCCAACAAACUGCUCGUAGGCAUCGGUGCUGCCGCACUAACCACAUCCUUUACUCUGGCUGCUGUACAGAGGUACGGGGACUCGUAUUGGGCUUUCUCUUUCCCUGCGCUAUGUUUGUGUGUGAUUGGGGUGGACUUCCAGUUCAUCGUCGCUAAUAUGUACGUCCUCUCCUCGAUGCCUACAAAUAAGCAGUCUAUCGCAGGUUCGCUCUUCCAGACUUUGACUCGUCUGUGUACAGCCAUCGCAUAUGGUAUUGCGACUGCCAUAUUUGACGCUGUGCAAAGAAAUCGUGCUACCUCUGGUUAUUAUGGUAACAACGCUGUCGAGCCAUUCGCGGCAGUGUUUUGGUUUGCGGCAGCUGUUUCCGUUCCCGGUAUGCUUCUGGUGCCUUUCUUGAGAAUUGGUACGCAGGGUCACAAAGGAGAUACUGGACGGGUGAAAGUUGGUGUUGCAGAGAAGGGUUUGAGUGGGGACGAUGGACAUGUCGUUGCUGCAGUAAGUGAGAAGCAUGCGCAGAGUGAUGUAGAAGUGAGAGGGGGUGGGGUCUGA